UUGUGAGCUUCAGCCGGUGUCUGACAGCCUGGCGGGGAACGAACAGAAGGAAAAUGGAAUCGUGUAGCUCAGACAUCAGUGAAAUUUAAAAGCCACACUCACGGUGGAAGCAUGAAGCUCGCCGCGGUGGCUUUUUACGGUUUGGCCGCGGGGCUGCUGGCGGUCGGCCUGCGAGAGUUGCUGACAGGCUUCGAGGAGAACAGAUGCAGUAUGACCUAUAUGUUUGAAUACCCGGAGUAUCGGCGUGUGGCGCUGCCUCGCCGUGUGGCCAGACUGUACCCGGCCUACGGGCUCUACCUGUACGGAGAGGGUGUCUACGCCCAGGAGACCCGAGCACUCAAACUCACCGGCGCCCCUGUGCUUUUCCUGCCUGGAAAUGCUGGAAGUUAUAAACAAGCUCGAUCUCUGGGCUCAGUCGCAUUGAGGAAGGCUGAAACCAUGGAGGGAGGUCUCCACUUCAACGUGUUCACUGUGGACUUCAACGAGGAGCUGGUGGCGCUUUACGGCGGCAGUUUGCUCAGGCAGACGCAUUUCCUGCACGAGAGCAUCAAAGCCAUCCUGAGGCUGUACAAGCACCUGAAGACCCCACCUCAGAGCGUUGUGCUCGUCGGUCACUCCAUGGGAGGAGUGGUGGCCCGGGCACUGUUCACUUUGCCUCGUUUCAACACUAACCUGGUCAGCAUCAUCAUCACCCAGGCCUCCCCUCACCUGGCUCCAGUGCUGGCCCUGGACCCGUACCUGCUGGAUUUCUACUCUGCAGUCAGACAGAAGUGGGUUAACCAGGCAAACAAGCUCAGGAAUGUCACAGUUUUGUCCGUCGGGGGUGGUUAUCGUGACUACCAGGUCCGCUCCGGCCUCACUUCCCUGCCGUGUCCUCCAGGAGACCCGAACAAGCUGUCACUGGUGGUGACUGCAGUUCCCAGGACGUGGGUGUCUACUGAUCAUCUGUCCAUUGUCUGGUGCAAGGAGCUUGUUCUUGCCACUGUCAGGGCGUUCUUUGAUCUCAUCGAUCCUGAAACCAGACAGUUCACAGAAAACUCUGAGAAGAAGUUAGCUGUGCUGAACCAUCAUUUCAUUAAACAUCCCGUGAGGUUGCCUGGAGAAACUCAAGAGACACCAGUCUCCAUUUCAGAUCUUCCUGAUGCAUGGAGUGAAGUUAACACACUUCGUCUGGCUUACAGCACACCAAAGGAAGGUCAACCCAAGUUCUUCCUGUUUGCCCUGUCGAGUCGCAGGAAAGCCUACAGCCAUUUCUACUGCCGGAGCAACAACCUGGAGAUGACCAGCUGGGUGUAUGGCUGUUUGCAAAAGAAUGGCUCAUCAUGUGUGUUUGCAGCGGAUCUGUCUAAGGGAACUGAGCUUUUGCCUCCCUACAAGGUCCUGACUCUGAGGCUCAGUGACUUGUCGUCUUUUACUCAUCUGUUUGUCUCGGCCUCAAACCUCAAUGGCAAGCAGUUCACGGUGGAGUGUGAGUGGCAAAGAGAAGAAUCUCAGACUCUGUCUGUCGCAGUGCCGCAUGUCCUGUCCUUCGGUUUGACCUCGAGUGAUGUUACGGUUAACUCCUCUGGACUUCUUCACACCAUCGAGCUGCAACACUUUCACCAGGUCUAUCAGGCUUUCAGAAUUAAUGUUGCAAGCCAGUGCAAAGUACAGAAAGACAGAUUGCCGAGCGUGUACAGGAUAAAGGUGCCAUGGUUUCGAGAGGACUCUUUAACCACGGUCAGCGUGCCAUCAGUGACGGAGAUCUCAGGGAUGCUCCACACAAGUCGUCCAGACAACACCUCAGGUGCACUCCUGCAGCUCCACACUGCCCCCAACUGCCAGUAUAAGGUCUCCAUAAGAACUUCGUUACCCAGGGUGCUCGGACAGAUACUGAGGUUCUGUGGUCACAUGGUACCAGUGUACACAGCUGUAACCCUCCUUCUGGCCUGUGGGGGGCAGGUGUCCUCCAUCCUGAAGUCAAGGCGAGCUGCAGACAUGAGUCAGAUGGUGGGCAAAGGCCUGCAGCCCCACAAAGUCAACCUGCCUGUGUAUAUUCUGCACAUCGCACUCAGCUGUAGCUGCUUUCAGGAGGUCUGGUCCAUGCUUUUCCUCCCCUCUAUGGACACACUCCCUCCAACCUUCCUUGAUGUGGCAUUUCAUGAAGAGGAGACACCAGGUGAAGAAUGGGUUCACCUCCUCUCCCCUCUGCUGUAUAUUUUUGGGGCAGCUGUGGCGUACUGGGGCAGCGCUCUACUCAGACUUGUUAUCCGGCUGAUCUCGUUGGUCUUGGCUCCAUUGCACAGGCCGUCUGUCUCCAGAGACUGUGGCACCCUGCGGCUGCGAACCCAGCUCCUCAUCACGCUGUGUCUGACUGUUAUGGGCGGGACUUCCUGUGGGGCGUUGUCGAUAUUUGCCUCCUUCCUGUUCCACCUUUAUAGGGUUCUGAGGCUGCAGAUGACAGAAAGAUAUUUGAGACACAUGUUGAAUCUGGCUCCCCGGAAGCACAAAGAAGCUGAGAAUGGCACAAUCGAUCCCGAAUGCUUGAGCAGGUCUAAAGAAAGCAACGGCACCCCCUUGCUGUCGGAGUGCGCCCUGCAGGAGGUGAGGGAUGACCUGCAGCUCCACCUCUGCCUGUCGGCGCUUUUCACUCUGCCCGUCAUGCUCAGCGGUCCCUCGCUCAUCCACUGGAUCCGUAACCUGAGGUAUUCCACCCAGCUGAAUCCCGACCCUUGCUGGCCAUACAUCGUGCCUCUAAUUUUUGUCUACAUGCUGCUUAUUAACUGUAACACUUUAAAGCUCAGCAACAGUAAACUGCUGCCUCUGACCUCCUGCCUCCCUCUCCCCUUGGCCAUCAUCAUGGUGACUUUCUCUCCUCUUCACCUCUACAGAAUCACCUACUUCCUGUUGGGGUCACUCAUCCCGCUGGCCUUGUGCUGUCUCCUCUGACAGCACCGGGCUGGUUUCAGUCUCCAUCUCCACCAUAACAUGCCUCUUCUUAAGUCGCAGCCUGACUCUCUGAGGCUGGUUGAGGACUUUCUGUACCGGGCUGCUAUGGAGCGGAGCCAUAGACAUACAUAGCCUGGUUAACUUCCUGCUCACUGUUAGCACUAAAGGCUCCGUGGUGAUUACACAGGGUGUUUUAAAAAGAGAGGGUGUAAUGGCCUCAGAGCAUUUGGUGCAAAUAUGGCUCUGUUGGAUUGUCCUGAAACCAUGUUUGCCUUACUCUGUAUAUCUAUAGCUCUGCCUUCAGGGAGCGCCAGCUCCACAACCAGUGAAGCUUAUGAUAUGAGAGACUGUGGAAAGGGUGUUACUGUUAUAACAUGAUGUUGUUUCUGGUGUCAACAGUGGCGUUGUUCACUGUGGUCACUGUGCUGUAAACUCUUACACUGCCUACUGCUUAGCAACGACUUACAGCUCUAACUGUUACCUGCUCACUGUCGUAGUACCUCCUCUAAACCAGAGGCAGAGUAUUACAUUUAUUCCGUUAGAGAAAUCCAAAGCAGGCGUGUUUAUGUUCUCACCUAUUUGAUGCACAAUAUUGGCAAAAUGAAGGGUUGCACUGAGGAAGGCUUGUGUACACGUGCAGGUUUGGGGGCGUCUUGUUAUCCAGAGAAAGUCUGAAUCUCCAUGAUCUCUACUACACCUGAUCAAUAAGAAACAUUCUACUUCCUGUUUAUUUGAUUUUUGAUUUUAAAAGGUUUAGCUGCAAUUCAGGGAAGGGUACAGCAGGGGGAGCUCAUGAGAUAGUGUAAGAAACUAAACAAACUAAAAGAAUUUUCACCAGAUUUUCAAACAUAUGGCGGAUCAAAACUGCUAAAAUAAUAAAUAGUAAAUCUGUAACUGAAUUAAAAUUAUAUCAGAUGCCUAAAACAAAUAUUCAUUAAUUUAUAACAAAGUAAAUAGAAAUUUUUAUUUUAAUUUCCCAUAUCUUAUUUUUUUCCAAUUCCCUGUUACCCUUUUAUGCCUUGCUGUCACACCAUGGGGCAAGCGGGCAAUGUGGACACCCAAGUUUGUGAAUACGAAAUCAAGUUCGAAGUUCGAAAUCUCAGUGAGCUCAAACUCGAGGUCAGAAGUCAACUAUUCUACAUAUCACCUGGGCAUUCAUUAUUAUAUUUUGCUUUAAUUUUGGCAGUUUCAGUGCUCUGUAGAACAAAUUUAUCCGUGCACGUGUCAGACUUUUUAGGGUUUUUUUUGUUUUUGCUUUUUAAAAAAAAAAAAUAUUACAUGUCAUUUUGAGAAGGAAGUGAGCACUUUAAAGGCAUUGCUGUAAAACGUGUUCAGAAAUCUCUAUGUGCCAAACUCGCUGUAAUCCUGUUGAUGGGUUAAAAGUAAGUUAGACCAAAAUGCCAAGGAAUUUGAGAGAUGAAUGCUAAGCAGAAAUAAAUUAGCGUUUUAAGGUGGAACAAAUCAUAAAUAUUUCAUUAUGGGCAUACAAUCACAUGUUCAUUCUAUAUCAGGUGUGGUUGUUGGUGUUUUGAGGUGAAGGCAGUGUGUUGUUUCUGUGUACGUUCUCUGUGAUAUCCGGACCUUGAAUCCUGGGAUUGGAAGUAGAAUUUGCUUUUUGCUGGUGUUGUGUUGAGUUUAGUAUUUAUCUUAUGUUUGAGUGUUGGUUGAAGUUUUUUGUUUUCAUUUCAUAUUUGAAACGUUGAAAAAACAUAACAUAAAAGAACUUGUAGAUUUGGAUUUUAACAAUUUAACAAGGAGAGGAUAGAGUUGUUUUGUUUUUUUGCACUGUCAGCGAAAAAAAUCAAACCAACCCCAUGUUAUUUAUCUUGGCACCUCCUGACUUCCAUAUUUUUCUUUGUUUCAUUACAAACCCUUCAGCUUCCUGCUGAGGAUUUAAAUAUUCUAAAACUGCUCACAAAAGUUUGUUAUCAUUAAUGUUGGUGUGAACCAACAUUAAUGAUGGUGCAUUGAUUUGGGACUAUUUUCAGUUGCGGAUUAUUACAAAUUUAAUGCUCUAGUUGCUUCCUUCAGCAGCUGCACAGAGUGUGAAGUAGAAUACAAUGGAUACGGGUUGAAAAUAUGAAUGAAGUGAGACCUUUUACAAGAAAUAUGAUAGAAAUAAGACUUUUGUUUUAAUGAGAAGAGAGAGCAUCUGAUAUGUUGAAGCUUUUGAAUGGAAAGAGUCAUAGAGAAAAAAUCUGUUGCCACAAUUACUUCAAACUGUUAUCAUUGCUGAAAACAGUUUUGUGUGUGUGUUUGAGUGCUGUUAUAACAUGUAGGCCUGACUUUUUGUUGCCUUUUUGUUCAAUUUUUGUUGCCAAAUUUACAUUUUUAAGCCAGUUUCACUCACACUCGUUUGACCUUAAAUCAGUUUAAUCAGUUAAAAUGUUUUUUGUGUGAUAAAUAUAUGGGUGUUGUGCUCCAAGAUUACUUAACAAAAAAAAGGGAAACAUGUUGUCAAACAUUAUUUUGGCUGCUGGCCAAAACAUAUUCAAGUUCGAAAUGAGGUAAUGUGUCUAAAAUUGGCUGUAAUUCCUCAAUAGCUUGGAGAUUACUUUUAUUCAGCCCCUCGAAUUAAAGCAGAGAGAGUCUACUUUAAGCCUGUAGUCACUAUGUCACUCUAACUUGAAUAUGUUUUAUUCAGUAACUAAAAUAAAUCAACUUCAAGCAUAUAAGAAGCUAGCUCUGAGAGUUUGUAUUUCAUGUCAUACCUUUCUCUCUGGAAAAUUAUGAAGGACCAAAAAUGCUGAAAUAAUAACUUCAUAAACAAAUAAGAUAUAAAAUGCACUAAAAUUAAUAAGUAAAAAUUAACGUAAGUAUUACUUAAUUUAUGGCACAUUUUAUAACAUUGAUUUUUUUUUUCUUUUUUUUUUUAACUUGUGAUUUAAUCUUCCAUUGUUAUUAGUUUGUAGUUAAGUUAUGCGUUUGGAGGUAGAAAGGAAAAUUAUCUGCAUGACAGUGCCAUCAUUUUUAUGAAGAAAAAAAUCAGUUUUAGCUAAAUAAAGAUGAAAUGAAGAAACACGUUUGUGGAGAUAAAUGGAAGGAAAAAAUUUAAUGGAAAUAAAUAAAUACUAUAUAAUUGAUAUUAUGGGAAACAAUAUGGUGACAAAUAUGUCACUCUUUUUUUCAUUAAUUGAGUUGUACAACUUUUUACUUUUUUAAUCUUUAUAAUUUGAUCUUUAUUCAUUGCCUUGUUGUACAUGAAUUUUGACAGCUUCAGUCCUCCGUACUAACAGUGUCUUAUUUUAUUUCUGUCUUACAUCCUGCUGCUGCUGCUGUGCCUUUUUGCUUUCUUGUGUAAGCAGCAGUUUGUGUUCAGAUCUCAGCAGCUUUGUGCUGGCUGAAGCCCUACAUUGAAUGUAAAGCAUAUAUCACUCCUUUGUGUCCACUCGCAAAGCUCCUCUGUUUUCUUUACAUUUUAUUUAAAAUGUGGGACUCUGUAGUAACUAAAUACUAAAGAUUUAGGGACCAAUCAAGCUCACAGUCAGAAGUCAACACGCUCUGCAGAAACCGCUGUUCCCAAUGUGAAUGUACCUGCACUGAAUGUCUCUGUGUGUUUGAGUUUAUACAGUGGUGUAAGUGUUCAGCUUUUCUCUGCACUUGUGAGUUUUUGGUAUAGUUUUAGUGCUUUGAGAUGCACAUCGUCUGCCUCGCUGUGAAUCGGUGGCAAACACAACUUUGUAGAACAAAUUAGUAGCGAUGAGAGUUAUGUUUUCUAUAAAUAGACUUGUGACUUGUAUCGGUGUUCACUGUGAUCACGUCCUUCCACAUGCACUCUCGCACCGAGUAAUCCACACACAGACAACUGCUGUUCUGGGGACAUUUUGCUAUUUCAAAUUUGGUGGGUUUUGUGUUUUUUAAAAAUGUGAUGAAGCUCUUGGAAUACAUUCAACAUAAAGUUAAAACAUUUGGAUUGAAAUAAAGCAGGAAAUCAAAUUCUCAUUUUAUUUUGUUCUAUUUUGAAAUGCUGUCACUUGAAACCAGUGUGCCAAACUGAUGCAUUCUCUUUGUAGAGCAUCUGUCAUAUAUAUGAAUGUGCAGCAUGGCUUCAGUUCAGGUAAAAGGACCUUUGCAUAGAAGGGCACGUUAUUCCUCCAAAUCUCUCUGUGGAAGCCUCCAGAAAAAAAACCUCAAUUUGUAUAAAUUGCAUGAAAUAGGUGCAGGAAUUGCUGCCACAAUGUCUCCUAUUAUAGCCAAAAUCGGCAGUUAAAAUGGACCUUUUCUUAUUUCCAACUUCAUAUUUUUUAUUCUUGGACUCCUCUGUAGCAGCUUUGCAUGAUUUACAGUUCAAAGUAGUUCUUCUUUAUCUUACACUGGGCCAGUUUUAACUCCUCUCCCUUUAAGGCCCUCAUUAGCAACAGAUUUGAAAAAGCAGGUAGGUGGUUCUUCUAUGUCCCCAAAUUUGGAUGAUGUCAUACAGUUGCAAACUUAAAAAACAAAACUGUCUGAAACUGAGUGUUCUGAGCAGUCUUAAGAUGGUAUUUUCAGAGAACGGGGAUUAUCUCUUUAUUUGAAAGUUUCAUCAUGCUUGGUAUGAAAUACAGGAAAGCAGAAUAGAGUUUAUAACAUCCUAAAUGUCAACCUGUUCAAAGUGAUUAUUAUUUUUCAUUUUUAUUUUUUUAGGCAUGCAAAUUUGUGUGAACAGCUAAAAAUAUAAGCUUUUGUUUGUUUGUUUUCUCAUCCAGCUACUGACACAUUUCUGUCAUAUUUAACAGGAUUACUUUCUUCCAGGGUUCCAGUCAGCAGCUUGACCUCUCCUCUUCCUCUUAUCUGCGUUUUCCUAAUUUCAUUACACUCGGUAAUCUUCCAGCUUCUCCUGCUUUCUGAGCAUCAUUUAUUUUAAUGUUCGGAGUGCUGGUAGCUGCUUACAGGAGCUUGUGCCUGCUGAUGGUUGGGAACGAGUUCAUGAACUUUUGAAAAUGGCAUCACCCCAUCCUUUCAUUAGGUCUCUAAAGAUGCUCAUUGAGGUUUGAAACAUUAGUAAAAGUUAAAUAGAGGUCAAGUCUUUUGCAAGGUGUCGUUUUCAUUGUCCAGAAAGAUUUGUUAUAAUUUCAGUUUCAGACAUCAGUUUGUCUUCUUGCUGAACUGAACCACAGUAAGAGAAGUUUUCACCAGAUUACUGCAUCCCACUGCAUCUUUCUUUCUUUUUUUAAUGAGCUUGCUUCUCUGGCUCCCAAGGUGACACUCACUCUGAUUGAUCUCUGGAAACAUCCUUUGUGCAGCUGCCAAAACCCGAGCUGCUUUUACCCCUAAAAACAGACUAGAGGCUUCAAGAUGUCGCAGUAAUUUAAAGUCUUAAAAUCAGCCAUUUUACUGGUACUUACUGUAAAUUCAAGUGUUAAAAGUUAUCAGCAUUUGCAGAAACUUUGAUUUUAUCUGUAUUGUGCUGAAGAAAUAUGAAGUGAAGCUGAACUGUGGCCUGGCUGUACUUUCAUGUACGUACCAAAAGAGGGAGCAGCGAGUUAGUGUAACCUUGCAUUUAAUCAAUAAAAAGCACAUUCCUAUUUACAGUGGCAGCCAAGGAAAAGGCUGGUAAACUGCUGCCCCCUGGUGGUGAAAGUUUUAGUCGUAUUUCCCAGAACAAACACAAAAACCUUUAAACGACACACAUCCUUGAUCUCUUUUUUUGCUGUUAAGUGACAGCCAAAGAAACAAUAUCAGAGACAGCUGAUUGUUUUUAUUCAUAAUCAUCUUCUGUACAAACUUGUGAUGUUUAACAGUGUUUACCUGGUGAUAUGAAAUGUUCUUACUGCAGUCUAUAAGUGCUUUACAGUUCAGUGGUUCCACUUGUCUUGCUUCUGCCUACAGUGACUUUAAUACCUGUAACCUCCUGCUACCUGGUCCUCGUUGUGCAGAACUAGUUAGUCCUCUAACACAUGCUCAUACAUCAGGCAGUUGGAAACGCCUUGUUUUGUUUAUUCACGUUUUCUGAAGAGGCUCUGGCGUGGACGAGUAUUUAAUCCUCAGGUUUCUGUGUCGGUGUGUCAAAAUCAGUCGCUUUGAUGUUUUUUUAUAUCUCUCACAUUUUUAUCUGAUGUGACUGUAAAUGAGCAAACUGUGCAAUUUUUUUUGGCACUGUUGUUGUUGGAAUAAAACCGCGAAAAUGA